AUGCUCCAUAUUAGUGAUGGUUAUAAUAAUAAAGACAUAAUAACGGAGUUACAAUGGUAUACUUUAAAAUGGGAUUUGCAUACUUGCUCUAUUUUUGGGGUAGAAUUGAGGGGCAGGGAAUUGGAAGUACGCCAGGCUGAAAUGGUGAAAUAUUGGAGAGUUGUGGGGGUCAAGCACGGCAUGAACUCGCUCAGGGACCGGCAUCAAAGACACAGAGUCCUAAGAUUCCGACACAGAGUCCUAAGAUUCCGACACAGAGUCCUAAGAUUACAAGACACAGAGUCCCAAGAUUACAAGGCACAGAGUCCCAAGAUCUCUUUCGAGCUUGCCUUUCCUUCCCAACAUUUAUCGAGCACAUCUCAAAUGUAUCCAAAAAUUGCCAUUUUUGGUUAA